AUGUGUCCAUCAAACAAUGGCGUUGCCUGGCAAACCAGGAUACCAAAGACUGACGCUGAGAUUUUGCACUUCUUUCUGUGCUUCUUGGAAGAUCAACGUUUACCCGACGUCCCGGUCUUCAUCAAUGGCGGUUAUGUCCGAGACCUCUUGUUGGGCAAGGAGCCAGAUGACCUGGAUUUGACCUUAUGUCUUCGGGGUUGCCCCGAGGAGGUCACAGUGGCUGCGCUCCUGGACGAGAUGAGGGGCUACGUAGAGAGCAGGCCGGAAUUUGGCCUGUCUGAGUUCAAGAAUGCCACUAUCCUUUCGAACGAGUCGAAAGACAAGCAGCUGGACACCUUCAAGGCACACUUUACCAACAAAGAUGGAGUCAAGACGGAGGUGGACGUGAUGCCAACAAUUGGUGAAGAGAAGUAUUCAGAUGACAACAGGAUUCCAAUUCGAGAUCAGCGAGGCUUGCCGGAAGAGGAUGCCUUGCGCCGGGACCUGACGAUUGGCGCUUUGUUGCUUCGUUUCUUGGACAGAAAGGACCGGCCACCGGGACGCGAUGUUGAGGCUCAGCCUUCACAGCCGAACCGAAGGGCCCUGACGGACCGAGGUGUACAGCGGGCCCCCGGCGAGCGAGGUAACGCGACCAGGCUGCUGCCCUUUGCCACGCUUUGGCAGGAGUUCCAGCAUUCUGCAGCCAACCCCCAGCUGCCAGCUCGCAUGGACGCCAUCUCAGAGCGAGAUGUGCCAGAUACGCUGAGUCCAAGCAAAGACUAUGCGCUGGUCACGCGCAAAGAAAAGUCCUUUGAUCCAGGCCAGUGGCUCUCUGAGCUUUUACCAUGGUCGGCUGGUGAGCUCAAAGCCCGUGAUGCUUUAGAUGAGGUGCUCCCGCAGUGGCGGAGCUUGGAACUGGGCCCACAGACCGAGCAACAACUGCGGCGCCGAUUUCGAGCUCUGACGACCGCCGCGGGAGGAGAGGAGGCUGCAUUGACUGCGAUGAGAAAGAAUAUUGCAGUGAUGUACUUUGGUGAGGGGCAAAUUCAGCGAGCCGGAGAAGUGCUACAACGCUCUUUGGGCAAAGAGAGGGCCAUGGAGGUCAUUCAGAAGAACCCCGGCGUGUUGACCAUCACUCCAAGGAACUUGGAAAACAACAUCGGCUACGUGUGCCUCGCGGCCGAUGUGGUCAACGUGGUCGCCAGCAACGCGGAGGUAAAGAAUCCUCGAUCCUCAGACCUCAUCUCGGAUGCCGCGGGUCAAGCCCGUCGUUGGGUGGAACGAGCCAAGCACUUGAAGAUUCAGGAAUUGCCCCCAGACGAAGCUGUGCAGGUCCUUUGGUGGAGCAAAGUUCUCAUCGACGAUCCCUUGCGCAUUUGCCGAGCUUUGCGCUUUGCUGCAAAGUUCAAGUUCGAGUUGCCCCUUCCUCAGACGAAUUCCGAAAAUUAUGUUGGAGGAUGUUGGAGGCAUUUCGAAACCAACAAUCUAGAGCUGUGUCAGGCUCUUUUUACUUUAUACGGCCCCAUUCCAUCCAAUUCUCUUGGUCCAGUGUUGGCUUUGACUACUUUGACUUCUGAUUGUUCCAUCAGACUUAAUCCGGCUAUCAUGCAUGUGCUUUGUCGCCUUCCAGGCACAAAGCAUUCUGGCUGGUGGGGAGCACAGCUCGGGUGCAAAUCACGAAACCCAAUGUCUCGUUUGUCGUUUCUUUGGUGUUUGUUGCUUCUGUAG